AUGCACGUCUUACCACGCGAAGUUUGCACCGCGAUCACCUACCACGCGGCACGGGCUGACCUAAUUGUGCUCUCUCGUACGUCGAGGACACUCCAGCGCGCAGCGGAGAGGAAGAUCUACGAAGAGGUCAAUCUUCAAGACCCUGCCAUCGUCUUCGAAUUCUGCAAAUCGCUCAUCGCUAAAAACGGGGCGCGUGGCGUGUAUGUCCGCCGUUUUUGGUUCAUGUACGAGCCACGCCGUCGCACCACGCCGCUGCCUCGGCAUUUCUGGCAGGCUAUCCACGCAGCGUUCGUCGCGAUGGUCAACCUCGAGCUGCUCUGGAUAAGCGAUCCCGACCUGCAGAACAGCUGGGUCCUUGCCGACACGAAGUUCCAGCUCGUUGACGCCAGCCUGAUCUUCGCCUGGGACCAGCAUCUUGUCAGGUUCCUGCAGCGCCAGACGCGGCUGCGUGUUCUGUAUACACAUGACGCACCCGAAGACAGCCCUAUCUGCACCCUCCCGCCAGGCUCGUUGCCCGCCCUAGAGCAAUAUCUGGGCCCGCUGACUGUUGCGGGCGAAUUGCUGCAGUGUCCGCUGACGCAUCUGCAGGUGAUCAUGGACGAUGUCGUCUUGCCAAUUCUGCCGAGCUUCCUUGCGGAUGCAGGCAAGGCAUGCAAACGCCUCCGCAGCCUGAGCAUACUCUCUGUUCUCGAGCCCAUGUUGUUCGAAGUGCGCCACGAACUUUUCCAGUAUCUCAUGCUUCUGCCUGAGCUAGACACCAUCGACCUCGACGUGACGUCGUGGAACCCGCGCCCGAUCGAGAUGUUCCAGCGCAUGCUCGCUGCAGAACUGAAAUCGUAUUGUCCGAAUUUGCAGCGCGUUGGCUUUUGGGUUGACCACCACCACCUUGUCUGGUGGUUCCAAGACGAGGAGUGGAUAGGCGGGCAGCUGACCGGCCGCGCGGCCUUGCACGAGAGGUUCUGGAGAAGCGCCAUUGUCCACCCCCUCCCUGCUGCAGUAUUUAUGGCGACGAUCUCCAUGAGUCUCUGCACCCUCGCCUUACCCUCGUCCUCUUCCGCAUACGUCUCCAGGUCCCAGCUGAGAAUGCAGUCGACGCGUCACUCCGGCCCGCAGUCGCAACCGGCGCCCUCCAUUGCGUCGCUGCCCAGCUUCACCCAUUCAUUGUCCAACUUCCCGACGAUGACCUCGGUGACAAAGGAUAUGGUUCACUACGGAACACUGUGCCGGACAAAGGGUGUCAGUGAAGCCAAACUGAACUCGGCCUUGCAGAAGACAAGGCAGAGACAGGAAGCUGGUGCUGCUUCGAGGGCAAAGCCAACGUUCUCGCCCAAUACUCUGUGCCCAUCUAACGAGGAUGAGGAGCCUCCGUUGAUGAUGUCAAAGAAGCACAGGGUCAAAAGAGCGACGUAA